AGAGCAGGAGUCGCGCUCGGCGGGCCGGGACGCUGGCGCUCCGCGAACGCCACGGGUUCCCCGCCAGCGAAGGGUGCUUGGAGCGGGGAGCUGCUCGCCUAACUUUCCCCGCCCGAUGUCGCCGUCCAGCUGCUGAUCGAGUCCCCAAGCUGAUCCCGCUCCACUGUGGGGCUGCGGAGGUCCCGGGAGAGGCAGGAAGGCUCCUUCGCAGAGUGGGAAUGGAGGUAAAUUGUCUAACACUAAAAGACCUGAUCAGCAGGCCGCCCAGACUAGAUUUUGCAAUUGAAGAUGGGGAAAAUGCACAAAAGGAAAAUAUAUUUGUUGAUCUCUCAAGGAUGGCCCCAAAGACGCCAAUAAAAAGUGAGCCAAUUGACUUGUCAAAGCAAAAAAUCUUCACUCCAGAAAGAAAUCCCAUCACUCCGGUUAAGCCUGCUGACAGACAGCAGGCAGAACCAUGGACGCCCACCGCUAACCUGAAGAUGCUCAUUAGCGCUGCCAGCCCGGACAUAAGAGACCGAGAGAAGAAAAAAGGACUGUUCAGGCCCAUUGAGAACAAAGAUGAUGUGUUUACAGCCUCCCUGCAGCUUGAUGUUGUGGAUGACAGUGCUGUGGAUGAGUUUGAAAAGCAAAGGCCAAGCAGAAAACAGAAAAGUUUAGGACUCCUGUGCCAGAAGUUUCUAGCUCGCUAUCCAAGUUACCCUCUGUCAACUGAAAAAACUACCAUCUCCCUAGAUGAAGUUGCUGUCAGUCUCGGCGUUGAAAGGAGACGCAUCUAUGACAUUGUAAACGUGCUGGAGUCGCUGCAUCUGGUCAGCCGGGUGGCCAAGAAUCAGUACGACUGGCAUGGUAGGCACAGCCUGCCCAAAACCCUAAGGAACCUCCAGAGAUUAGGAGAAGAGCAGAAAUAUGAGGAGCAGAUGGCACACCUCCAGCAGAAAGAGCUCGACCUGAUAGAUUAUAAAUUCGGAGAACGCAGAAGAGAUGGCUGUCCCGAUUCCCAAGAUCCACAGUUACUGGAUUUCUCCGAAGCAGACUACCCCUCCUCAUCUGCAAACAGUCGGAAAGACAAGUCUCUGAGGAUUAUGAGCCAGAAGUUUGUCAUGCUGUUCCUGGUCUCCAAAACCAAGAUAGUUACUCUUGAUGUGGCUGCCAAAAUACUGAUAGAAGAAAGCCAAGAUACGCCAGACCAUAGUAAAUUUAAAACAAAGGUACGACGCCUCUAUGACAUAGCCAAUGUGCUGACCAGCUUGGCGCUGAUAAAGAAAGUGCAUGUCACGGAAGAUCGAGGCCGGAAACCUGCCUUCAAGUGGAUCGGCCCUGUGGAUUUCAGUUCCACAGAUGACGAUCUCAUGGAUGUUUCUACACCUGUCCUACCAGAAUUGAAAAAAGAAAUAUACGGCCACAUUCAGUUCUGUGCAAAACAGAAACUUGCUCGACACGGCUCUUUUAACUCAGAGCAGGCUUCUGAGAGGAUACAGAGGAAAGUGAACUCAGAACCCAGCAGCCCUUACAGACAAAAACAAGGAUCAGGAGUCUACUCCUUGGAAAUUGGAAGUCUGGCAGCUGUCUACAGACAGAAAAUAGAAGACAACUCAAAGGCGGAAGCUUUUGCCAGUCAGAGCGCGAUGCCUCCAUCAAGCAGCCUGGACCCCGCGGCUCCUCUCCCCAGCCUGUGUGUU